UGACUACAUCUGUGUCACCUGGUUGUGACAUCACACCCGCCUUUAAAUAAUUGGCUUCUACUUUCUUCCGGCUUUAGUACUAAACAGUAAAUGGAUGUGUACGAGUGCAAUGUGUGUAAACGUUCCGUGUUUACAAGCCGAAGGAAACACGUUUAUGAGCGAGGUCAUAGAGAGCGGCUUUCGGGACUGCUAAAUACAUUUGGCAGCAAGGUUGCUGUUGCACGGAAAAUGAUAAAGGUUGCUUCUGUUGUAAAAUAUGAUCCACUGGAGCAUGAACAACAAUUCUGGUGUUACUGUUGUGAACAAGAAGUUAAAAGACACACUAGUGAUGGGACCCUCACAGCGUUGUAUGGUGGCAUGCUGGAGCAUAUGAAAAGUCCACCUCACCAGAAAGCAGUGAAUAAAUUCUGGUGGUUACAUCAAGCUGAGAGGAACCAGAAAGAGCAAUUUUUACUCACAUCUGAGGAAUACGAGAGGUUCAAAUCAUCACUUAUCAAAGCACUUGAAAACUAUGAGGAAACAGAAGAUGUUUUCUUAAAAGAGGUUGCGGCACAUAUCCGAGAGGUUGAAUCUAGCCGACUUUCGAUGUUGCAGUCUCUCCUAGAGCCUGUGACUCAGCCUUCAGGAGAGGAAGAGGUCUGGAGCAAUGAUGCUUAUUUAACAUGCAGAUCUGCCACUUAUAUAGAAGCCAUAGACACAGAUUGUAAUGAGGCUGGGCCUAGUGGCGUCAACAGCAAGGCACUUGGAAUUCCUCCUACUGGAAGUGGACCGCCUCUGACAUUUAUUGGUCAUCAGGUGAUGCCUGAAAAGGGGAAUAUAUACACAGGUGCACUCCCACCUUGGAUGAUUCCUGAUGAAGAGGGGACUGAGGUGCAGCAAGAGAUUGGCCCAUCACAUGAAGAAUUCCUAAAACAAAAGGAGAAGAUGAAGCUAAAGAAACUUCCUCCUAACAGAGUAGGCGCAAACUUUGACCACAACUCCAUUACAGAUGAAGGCUGGCUCCCUUCGUUUGGCAGAGUGUGGAACAGUGGAAGAAGGUGGCAGUCUCGCCAUCAGUACAGAACGGAGGCAGGUGGCAAAGAUGCAAAGAAGAGGAGGUGUGAUGAGGACUAACCGGAUUAAUCUGUUUCAAAUAAACUGUUUACAGCACCUUCA